UUCAAGUGCGAACAAGUUUGAGAAGUGUUGGUUUGCUGCUGUUGUUUCUGCCGAAUUCAUGGCUAGCUCCAGCCUUAGUUCUUCAGCCUUUAUUGGGUUUUUCUGUUCGGUUUUGUUCUGGCAGUGAGGAUUCUUAAUGCUCGUGAUGAGGAGAUAGCAGCAAUGAAUGUUCAAAUUGAGCUUUUAAGGAAACAACUUGCUGAGGUUGAGAUUGUUGCUCCUGCCCCGGUUGAGAUUGUUGCUCCUCCCCCGGUUGAGGUUGUUGCUCCUGCCCCGGUUGCGGUUGAGGUUGUUGUUCCUGCCCCUUUUCAGUCGGGUGUACGUCGGAGGUUCCUGGUUGAAGAUGUUGCUGAGCCCGCUGGAGCUGCUGCGCCUGCUGGAGCCGGGUCUGAUUCAGACUCGAUGUCUGUGGCAUCGCCACCAGAUGACAAAACUGGUGAUCCUGAUUAUCGGCCUUGAUAAUCAGGAUGGGGCUGAUAAUCAGGAUGCGGCUUUAUGAGUAUUGGUACUGCUUCAGACUCAAGUGUUGUUAAAUUCUGUUUGUUUUUCUAAUAUAGAACAAGACAUGGAUGUAAAGGAUAUCUUUUAACUAUAUUGCUAGUAGAUCUGUUUAGUCAUGAGAAACAAUAGUACCAUAGAACAGGAAUGCAUGAGAAAUAGAUUUUGGGAUUAACUUCGUUUAGAGGGUCCUCUCUAUUGGCACCUGGUGUUUUAAAAUAUAUAGUGUUUUUACU